AUGGAUGGACUCAAUGCACAAGAGCAGCGUGAGCUGCAAGGUCGGAUGGAAAAGAAGCAGAUGAAAGAGUUCAUGACUAUGUACUCGAGGCUGGUCCAGAGAUGCUUUGACGACUGCGUGAACGAUUUCACAACAAAAUCUCUUCAAUCAAAAGAGGAAGGCUGCGUAAUGAAGUGUGUUGACAAAUACCUAAAAGGAUCGGAGAGAUUGGGACAGCGUUUCCAGGAACAGAAUGUCGCCAUGCAAUCAGGACAGCUGCCAGGCCGAUGA